AUCGCGAGGAAUUGGGACAAUCGAUCGCUCACAUGUUAGAGUCGGUCGAGGGGGAGCGAGACGGCAGAGAAUUUCUCGCCGAUUUUUCGCUUUUCUUUUAACCUAACAUUCGGCGAGUGGUGAAUGACACGACUCGUGUUCUCUCAUUAAUUGUUUUCGUCGAUAAAUCGCUUUCGAAACGACACGACAUGCGGUAUCUUUAAAAGCAGUACCAAGAGAACAUGUUUUUGUCUUUCUUCUACGCUGCGGCGACCUGGGUCCAAUCUUCAAGGCUAGCAGAACUUCACUCCAGAAUUUUGCAAAUCACCGCACAGAAUGGAAGUCUCGUCCUUUACAAAGUCCCUGAGGUCAUUCACACGGAUUUUGAAAACAGAGGCAUAGAUGCCCAGGUUCCAAGUGUGACGUCAAAAUUUUGUGAAAACAACGAUUGCGCCAAACUUGGUGAUCUACUAUGGAGCUACAACUCAAAGCGACUUUGCUCCGUGUUUCCAAAACAAUCCAUCUGUGCCAAUCGAUGGAUAAAAUUUUCUACCGAUCAAGGGGAGUUCCCAAUCAACAUCGCCUCAGAAGAUUUGGUGUUGGAGGAAGAUCGUUUGCAUGUAAUGAUCGAAGCCGACUACCAGUUCACAGAGGGCCGUCACUGCUUCCAAGCGGAGUUUGUAAAGCUUGAAAGGUUUGGGUUGCUUCAUGCUUGGAAAGCGGGUGAAUAUUUCGGGAUCCUCCUCGAAACUGACGCUAACCACCUCACUCGACUUGGACUGAGCUUCUUGCAAAAUAUUCUUAGUCUUGAUGACGGCAUGGAAGUUUUAAGGAUUCAAACUGUUGACGUGAUUGGCAAACCAUGUCCUAUGCUAAACGCUGAUUGCAUCCCUGCUCCUCGCUCGCUUCCCAUGGGAAGCGAAACCAGCGUUAAAAAUGAUGAGUGCGAUACUCAGUUUGCUGUGGAAUCAAUGGCGGGACUACUGAUGUCACCAAUUCAGUGGAAGUCCCAUGUUGAGCUUCUGCAGGGAUUCAGCAGAGCCGUCAAUGAUGCUGACGGGUCAGUUGGACUGAUGCUCAGUUCUGACCGCGUUCCAAAUCUUGUCCCGAUUGCUGCUGACCCGCCCACGCCUCCCUGCUCACCAAGAAAUGGCUCAGUUCACAGUGAAGCCCCCAAAAUCAUUGAGUUGGAUAAAGUAAAUGUGGAUCAAAGCAGCAACGUUCCUCUGCCUCAAGCAGAGAUCAACGACAACAAGAGCGUAAUUAGUGGAAUCACAUCUCACUCCGAAAGUUUCUACUCAUGUGCCAGUCAAGACAUGGGAAAGCUUACAGAGAGUUUGGAGCAGCUCAACAAGGCACUGUCCUCUAUCACAGAUGAGAACAACGAAGAUGAAGCGGCUGAAACUAAAGCUGAACCGGCUGAAUCUGAAGCUGAAGCGGCUGAAACCAAAGACGUUGUCCCUUUGCCGCCAUUAGAAUCAAAUUUUUUGACUGCAGGCAAAGGUCAGCCUUUGACUAAACCCAGUUUCAAAGGUUCCGCUGCAAGUCUGCCCUCAGCAACCCCAAAAUCGCGCUCACCCACCACACCAAUUAAAUGCCCCAACGUGCUGAUUUAUUGUGACAAUACUGAGGUUAACGAAAGCAUUAAAUCAUUGCUGAGGCAAACAAUUAAAAGAUAUAGGUACACUGUGUACAAUGUGAAUGCUGAGCAGAUGAAAAGCAAUGCUUGGCAGAAGAGCACUGCCCUAGUUGUAGUCCAUGGAAACAUUCCUGACAAUUUAGCUCCUACUCUUAUUUCUUACUUAGUAACAGGAGGGAAGGUUUUGAGCAUUGCCUCAGAUCUUAUUUUUGUCCCAUUCCCUGACUUGCAAAAGUGUGAACUGCAAGAAAAUGAAUUAGCGACUUUUUCAUAUCAAAAGUGGAAGCAGAUUCGCCUGCUAAAUAACAUCUUCUCAAAUUCACCAGCCCUGCCAUCAAGUCUAGAGAUAAACGACAGUUCGGGAUAUUCACAUAAGUUGAAUAUUAAUGUGUUGAGUAAGGACGACAUUACUAACUCACCAAGUUUGGUUUUGGCUACCAUGGUAGGAUCUGGAGGGAAAAUGCUGCUCUCGCAGGUCCAUUUGGAGGUUGAUGCUCAGAUGCACCAAAAUUCUAAUCCUGCUCUUUACGCGCCUUUGAAGGAGCACGACUCUGCAAGGCUAGAGAUCGCCAAAGAAAUUCUCUCUGACCAGCUGGGGCUUGAUUGCACCAAAGACUCAAAGGAAGACACGUUCACUGCGGCCUAUUUUUUGGGACGACACGAGUUAAAAAUGGAAAUGCUGAAUAAUCUGAAACCAAAGAUGGAUGCUGCUGGAGGUUUUCUGCAAAUGGAUAAUUUGAAGAUUGAAUUUGUCGGCAAAGGCGCAAACGCCGGUGCAGCAACUUCUAAAAUUCUGCCAUGCUAUCUGCAUACUUGCCCACCACAUUUCAACACAGUGGAAUAUUAUGAUAACUUGCAAACUGAACAUCUGGGGCGGUUACUCAUUUAUUCAGACGUGUUGACAUCUUCGGUAGACGUAUUAGCAGGCACACCUCUUUACCAUGGGCUGGCGGCUGUUACAAGGGUUCAACUUGCAGGAAAAGGUCGAAGCAACAAUGAGUGGCUCAGCCCUGAAGGAUGUGCGAUGUUUUCCCUGCAGCUUCAUUUGCCAGCCAAAUCCAUUCUUGGCCAGAAAAUAUCUCUCAUUCAACACAUUGCUGCAUUAGCGGUUUGUGUAGCCAUUAGAGAAGCUCCAGGAUUUGAUGAUAUUGACCUGAGACUUAAGUGGCCAAACGAUAUUUAUGCUGGGGAUUACGCGAAAAUGGGCGGCUUGGUGGCCAACUCGACGUUCGUGGGAGACCGAGUGAUCUGCAACAUUGGUCUGGGAUUCAAUCUGACCAACUCGGAGCCUACGACCUGCCUGCAGGACCUGCUCCUGGAACUGAAAGCCAAGGCCGCGCCCAUGUCCCUUGAAAAGUACUUGGCGCUCACCUUCAACAAGCUGGAGUCGCUGAUCGAAUUAGCCCAAAGCUCAGAGGAAGGGCUUGACGAAAUAAUGACGUUUUAUCAUGCUUACUGGUUGCACAGUGGCGCCGAGGUGACUGUGCGUUCUGAAGACGGAAAAGAGCAGAGGGUGACGGUCCAAGGGCUAGAUCCAUACGGAUACCUGCUAGUGAGAGGACACGAUGGGAACCAGUUCUCAGUUCAACCUGACGGCAACUCUUUCGACAUGCUGCAAGGUCUGAUCAAGCCCAAAGAUUGGUGAAGUUGUUAUGAAUAAAUCGUUUCUGCGAGUUGAUAAAAUAUGGUUAUAUUUUUAUUGUUGUUAAUUGCGGUUCUACUCAAUUCCACUUCUUGAUGAAGUAUAAUUUAUUUGUUAAAUACUUUUGGUGCCUUAGAUACUUCAGUUUGUGGAGUCAAGUCAAGAAUAAAUAGCACAUGAUAAAGUGAUUGUAUAAUAGAAUGUUAAAACGUGGGCAAUCGUCAGUCACCGAUACAAUCGCAAUCCAUGUUAUACAAUAAUGAAUGUACCAACUGCUUGUAGACUGAAAAGAGCUAGGUGUAGCUUAACCUGGUUUAACCAUCUCCACAAUGGAACUUCAAUAAUAAAUUGUACUUAUAAUUCA